AUGAUGAUACGUUCAGCCUCACUUAUUAUAUUUUUGGCUUUGUUCACUUUAGUAAUUGCCAAUCAAGCUGUAGCUUAUCAAAAUACUUGGCCUGCUGCUUGGUAUGGUGGUUGGCCUUAUCGUUUGCCUAGUCGUUGGUUUGUUCAUUGGUAUCGUGGUCGUCUUUGGGGAUGGGAUAGAUAUUAUCGAAAAUGGCAACCAGUUUGUUUCUGGUAUAAGGAUAAAUGCAUUAAUGCUUGA